AUGAAGGCUCAAUUUUCCUGGGCUUCAACGCUCUUUUUGUGGGCACUCAAUGUUGUUGGAGAGCCGAUCCCCGCUCCCACAGGCGAGUAUAACGUUGGCGCUCAGCGCUUCGUCGUUCCCUUCUUAGAAGAGGAGGACGUUGUCUGGCCGAACGGCGUUUCAACCGAAUAUCUCGUCACGCUGUACUAUCCUACCUCAGACGAGAAGCCUUGCCCAGAGCCCUACCUCGAGCCCGAGCUUGUUGAGUUGUACGCUGACUUGUGGAGCUACAACAUCUCUCACUUGACCUCAACUCUACGAUGGAAUGCUUCAUAUCUGGGAGAAGGAACGGGUCCGACGCUCCUCUUUGGGCCCGGCGGCUGGGGCCCACCGACAGAUGGCAGCUAUAUUGCCAUCUCUGAUCUUGUGUCUCACGGAUACGUCGUGGUUGCGUUCGACCACGUCUACGAGCAACCCUUUGUUCGGUACCCCAACGGCACGGGCGUCUACGGCCUCUCCCCAGCCUUCAAUAAUUACACUCUUGUUUGGGUAGAAGAGCUGCACGCCGUCAGGGUGAGACAGCAACUGCACUUCAUUGACUACUUCCCCACCCUUGCCGCAGAGCUCAACGCGCCCUUCAAGACCACCGACUUAGGCACGUUCGGGGUGUCUCUCGGAGGCUCCGCUGCUCUUACCUUGGCACUGGAGAGUAGUGCUGUGGCCGCCGCGAUCAAUGUGGACGGUACCAACUGGGGCCGAUUGAACAGCACAUCCGACUCCGACUUGAAAAAGCCGUCGAUGAUUCUGGGCUUCGGAGGUCACAAUGCAAAUUCUGACCGCACUUGGAGCAAUUACCGAGCCUGGCAGACUGGCUGGUGGCGCCUGUUCUCCGUAGAUGGAAGCGUGCAUGCUGACUGGGAGGACCGGACGUUCUGGAAGAUUUUCGGCACGACCGCUACAAUGGGGCCUAUUGACGGCAACAGAAUGGCCAAUAUCACGAGGACAUUUGUCAGAGCCUUCUUUGAUGAGGUUCUGCUUGGUAUUGGGCAGCCUCUUAUGGAUAGUCCUUCGGAAGAUUUCCCUGAAGUGCACUGGGAUGAGAUUCAUGAUGGAAAGUGA